AUGUUAAUAUCUGAUGUUUGGGGAUGUUGUAAUGGAUAUGGUUUAGGACAUUUUACUGAUAUGGUUCGCUUUUUUAUUUUGCAUUAAUUAUUUAAAAGAAAAAGAAAUUUUUUUUAAGAUGAUUUAACAAUGUUGGCUGAUUAUUAUGUUC